AUGCCAGAUACGCCGCUUGCCCUCAUCCACUCAACGGAAACUGUUUCCUGGAGCAAAUCGAAUGAGACGGGGAUGUUCGUUGAGGACCAGAGUGGCAGCAUCAGCCCUGUCAAGGCACCCGGCCUCGUUUUUGGCGUGGAUCAUGAUGUGACCUACACAUUUCAGCCGCACAAUCCAUACUUGGCUUGCCUUCCUUGCCAAGACAUGGCCCGGGUGAACGCCGACAAAAUCCAGUGUGAGGGUGGCACCUCAGUAAGAUCCCUCCCAGGUUACAUGGUCCUCCAUGCAGCAGGAGCGCCAGAGCUGAAUGUACACCAGUGUCCCAACCGAGCCGCGUGCCCCGGCAGUAAUUUCAGCCUUACGGCAGACGGCUUGUUGAGCCCUCGCACCCGGCUGUGCGCGGAAGGCUAUCGCCCCAGCCCAGGCUGUGUGCGCUGCGCACCGAAGCAUGGCCGUCCUCAGCUGGACCCUUUCACCUGCCGUCCUUGCGGGAGCUUCUCCCUGGCGCAGCAAGUAGGCUGGACAGUCCUCUCAAGCAGUGCAUUCUAUACCGUGGCGCUGCUGUCUGCGAAGCCGUGUACAGACACACAACAGAUCUUCAAGGUGUUCCUGGCAUUUGUGACCAUUUCCUGCCGGAGUCUCGCAGCAUUUCUCAAUACGCAACAGUACCAGCGCCUCAAAGAGGAUUUGUAUGUGUCUGCUAACGCAAUUUACCGGGUCCUUUUUGCCGUGGAUUUGGUCACGACAAUUGAGCCAGGGUCCAGUAUGGAUUCGUAUGACUGCUGGGGGCUGGUGGAGGGCCCCGUAGACGUGCUUUGGAGUUUGUUUCUGGCCUGGGCGAUUCCUUUUGUAUUGCUGGUGGUGUCUUGGUGUUGGUCUGGGGUCCAGGGUGGGCUGAAGGCGCUGGUGGUCUGGGGCAACUUGUUUGUGCCUGUAUUCGCAGGAGCAGCGACUAAACUGAUUGCUUGCUUCUCCACGCAAGAGGGGCAGGGUCGGGUGCUCAUGUACGAUGCCGCACUCGGCACGCCCUGCGCUUCAUCCAUGGCCGAGCUGGCACGUCUGUCCCGCUUCUGGCUGGCUCUUGGGACAGGAGUUAUAUUGUUUCUGCUGGGGCCCGUGCUAUGGCUUUGGCUGGCAGCACGAGACCCUGAGAAAGACGAGACGGUCGCGUUCCUUGUGGUGGGUUACAGACCAACGCUUCGUUGGUGGGAGGUUAUAGUCCUUGUCAGGAAAACUGCCAUCUUCGUCGUGGCGGCUAUGUUCCCCAUGUCAUGGGCUCCUGGAGCACAUGUAAUAUAUUUGUUAGGCAUCACGAUCGUUGCCCAGCUCCUGCAUGUCACCAUCCAACCCUACGCCAAUGAUUUCCUCAACCGACUGGAGGCACAGACUCUGGGGAUUUCCUCAGCGUGCCUGGUCUUGGUCAUCUCCUUGCUGGUGGAGUGGCCAUUCAGGCCGUAUGCAAUCUACGUUGCUAGCAGUGCGCUCCUCGCUGUGCUCACGGCUGGGGCCUACAUCUACUUCCUGCUGGUGUAUCUUCGUGCGGUGCUCACGAAGCAGCCGUUGGCCGACGAAGUCAAGCAAGCUGAGGAGGAGCAUGGCUACGGG